AUGCUCAGACAAGCUGUCCGGACGAGUGGGCUUCGUGCCCUCCUUUGGCUUCGUAUACCGCCACCUGCAUCUCUGCCUCGUCAGGGCUACUCCGCCGCUCUCACUUCUACCCCGCUUCGAUCUUCUUCAAGUGGCCGACCACAGGAUCACGUCCGACCUCAAACUACAACUUCCAAAUUCUCAGACCUCGCUUCUGAUACGAGCAGCGAAGCCUACUACGGAGCUUUCCCAUCGCGAACACAUACUUGCGGCGAGCUGCGCGCAACACAUGUAGAUCAACAAGUCAUCCUCACCGGUUGGCUGCAGUCGUCGCGGCAGGUAUCCAAGCAGCUCGGCUUCCUCACAAUAUUCGAUCACACUGGCUCGGUUCAGCUCAAAGUCCAGCCGACAUCAGAAUCUGCUUCACUACUCGAUUCUCUUUCGUCAAUCCCCCUGCAGAGCGCCAUCCUCAUCCACGGAAAAGUAGCCUUGCGUCCGACUCAGGACUCCAAAGCAGACCAAACGACAGGAGCAAUCGAAGUGCUGCCAGACAGCUUCACCCUGCUCAAUCCGGCUACACGAGACUUACCUUUUCAGCCGUCUGACUCCGUUCAUGCCGAUGCAGUCUCGACAGAGCUCCGUGCUCGACACAGGUACCUCGAUCUGCGCCGUCCCUCGCUUGCGCACAACAUUCGACUGCGCAGCCGCAUCACCCAUGCUGUGAGGAACCAUCUCUACGACCAGGGUUUCCUCGAAAUUGAGACUCCUGUCCUGCUCAGAUCCACUCCUGAAGGAGCGCGCGAGUUCCUCGUGCCCACACGAACAUCAUCAACUACAGCAGGCGCCUCGGCCGAGCCUAGCUUCUAUGCUCUACCACAAUCGCCUCAGCAGCCGAAACAGCUCUUGAUAGCGUCAGGAAUUACGGACAGGUACUUCCAAAUUGCAAAGUGUUUCCGCGAUGAAGAUGGACGCAAGGAUCGUCAGCCCGAGUUCACGCAGAUCGAUCUCGAAAUGGGGUUCGUAAGCGGUGGUCCUCCGACGACAUUGCAACUAUCCAACCCGUCCCAGGUACCGGAAGUCGAGUCGGAAGCGGACAGUGCCGAUGCCAGAGAUGCCCAAGGCCAAUGGAGGAUUGGCGGCCAUCAGGUGAGGGACGUUAUCGAAGGUCUGGUGAGACGCAUUUGGGACGUAGCUGGUAGGGGUGUUGCUUUACCGACCACCCGCUUCCCCGUCAUGUCGUACUGGACUGCCAUGACACGCUAUGGCUCGGACAAGCCCGACUUGCGGUAUGACUAUUCACUGCACGACAUUUCCUCCGGCUUCAUGUCUUCGUCCGACCCCGACCCUCCAUCCAAAGACGCUGGCCAGAGUCUCGAAAUCUUGCCCUAUCAACACCAUUCCAUCGGUUCGCUUUCGAAAAGUCAGCUCGACCACAUCGUUGCACCAUUCAAAGGCAAGAUCGAGCGGUUCCGCGUUGCGUCCAAGGACAACAUCCACGAGCUGGCCGCGCUGCUUCUCAAGAAGAGCAAUCUGACACGAACCUUCCUAUCCCGACUCGAGCAUCUCCCGGCAUCCGAGGUUGACGUUGAGCAUCUUGCGUCCACCCUUCGAGGAGCGCUCGAGGCAGAAGCGAGACAGAGCGACGCAGGCCAACCCGUAGACGUCUUUGUCUCGCUCCGCACGGAUCCACCGGAGGGCGGGAGCACACCACUGGGCGAUGUGCGCAAGCUUCUAGCCGGCACACUCGUGUCCAAGAACCUGCUUCACCUGCGAGGUGAUGCGUUCGCGUGGAUCACCGAAUUCCCGCUCUUCACGCUCGCGGACGAAGACAAGAACCAGCUGUCGUCGUUCUCCUCAUCCACGGCCCUCACACGGUGGCAGUCCUCGCACCACCCAUUUACGGCGCCGCUUUCCGCCGACAUCCCGCUGCUCUCAUCCGCGCACACGAUAGCUUCGGUGCGCGGGCAGCACUACGACCUCGUGCUCAACGGACAAGAGAUCGGCGGCGGCAGCGUUCGCAUCCACUCGCGCGCCAUGCAGGAACAUGUCUUCCGCCACAUCCUCCAACUCAACCCCGACGAGUGUGCCCGGUUCGUACACCUGCUCGACGCCCUCGACUGCGGCGCUCCCCCGCACGGAGGCAUCGCGCUCGGCUUCGACCGCCUCAUGGCCAUCCUCUGCAACACCGAGAGCAUCCGCGACGUCAUCGCCUUCCCCAAACAGGGCUCCGGCGUCGACCCGCUCUUCGGCUCCCCCGCACCCCUGCGCGAGCCCAACGAAUCUCAGUCCGCCGCAGAGUCCCUCCUCCGCUUGUACGGUCUCACCAAAGCUAACACCUGA